GUCAAAAUAAACUUUUAUUAUACCAAAUAAUCUUAUUAUUAUUUAAAAUUCAUGUUUAUAUUAUACAUAAUGUUCAAUCAGUAAAUAUCAAGUGAACUGAAGUGAGUUGAAUAUAAGAAGUAAAAUACGUACUUACUACAAUGGAGCGUGGUAAAAUGUCUUCAGCCGGUCGUGGGGGUAAAAGCAAGGCUCCACAACAUCCUCAGGAUAUAUUUGCGUUGGGUAGCAAGUCGACUGUGGUAGUCUCGCGAGACUCAGAGAAACGAAGCAUACAUAAGCCUUCCACUAGUGGUGCUGUGGAAAGGAAACGAGACAGCACAGGAUUUGGGAGCCAACCGCCAAGUAAGAGAUCUCGGAUAGGUUCUCCUGCAGAAUCAGUAUCAACAACUUCACUCGAGAUAGAUCCUGUUGACUUGGUUCCUAAUGUCCUUCAAGCUCUUGAUACACAUAAUUCAGACAAACUUCUUGGUCUUUUAACAGGCUCUAUUCGCCUCUUAAAGUCCCAACGGUCGAAGCCUGAUCCAAUACUAUGUAUGGGCAUGUUAUAUUUAACGAAGAUUCGUCCCAAUAUGUUUGCUCACGAGACUGUUACUCAAACACUUUGUACAUUGCUGAAGAGGGAACAAGGAGCAGCAUUUAAGAGUAAAGGCAAUCCGCUAGUGUUUGUUUUAGCUUGUAAUAUGCUGUAUGCAGGGCAUAAAGAUAGUAACAACUGGCCAGAUACAUUUAUAAAGGUAUACCUGGAUGACGCUCUCAAUGAGAGGUGGUGGGUUGAUUGUUCCUGGUGCAAAUGUCUGGUGGAAAAUAUUGUUACGGCGUUCAGCACGAAACAACCGCCUCCACAUCUUAUACCCACCGAGAGUACUUUGGGAACAAUGUCCCCAUCAGGGUCUGGCUCGCCGUUGAUGGGGAGUACAGAAGAUGAUGUGGACAACACUGAGCUAGAGUAUACCGUCUUUCCCAGGUAUUCCAGUAGCUAUGAGAGUGUGGAGGCACUCGUGCUGGAGGCUAUCAAGGAGCAGAUACAGAGGCGAGCCGCGCCCGAUGCGAUGGGCAAGGGUUUCCUAAAAUUAUUGUCCGCGACUUGUGGAUUCCCCGAGAUUCGAAUGAUAGCGGCCUCCCGUUUAGAAGGAUGGCUACAUUCGGGCAAGACGUGGCGAGCGGCGCAGGAGCUACUCGCGUACGUGUGCGCCAACGCGUGCGCAUCCGGACCGAGCGCACCGCGGGACCACGAAGUCUUAGCGCAACUCGCUCGGAUGCGACUCAAGACCAAGCCGCUGCAGAGCGCCUACCAAGCGUGUCUUAGGGAGAUGGUAUCGGAGAGCCCGGCGCUAUUACGCAGUGUGGUGACCCACACGAUCUACAACGAGUUAUCAAACGUACGUUCGCCGAACAAUAUGGCCGUUCUGGCUGCACUCAUUCAUGCGCAGCCGCAACUCGUGCCCGCUGCCAUGGCUGAUACUUAUCAGGAGCUUCUGCUGCGUACGGAAGAUUACCUGCGUCCACUACGUGCGCUGACUCGCGAAUGUAUACGCGCCGCUCGCUCCGACGCCCAGGCCUUGUUGCCUCUCGCUCAUGCGCUUGCGCAUCCGCCGCCGCAUGAUCCCCCGCAAGAAAUCCGCGAGCGGGCGUUCUCUUCCCUGGCAGACUUGUUCUGCUGCUGCUGCUUGGUGACGGCGACUCAACGCGCCCACUGCCCCGACUACCGCGCCAACUUGGCCGCGUUGCAGCAGCAGGCGCUGGCUUGGCUGUUGGACACCGCCGUGGGGGUGUACCGCCCUCAACGCCACGACUAUCAGCACGCGCUGAACAAGAUAAUGUUCGUGGAGUCGGCGGAAACUUACAGCAAAGUGGACAACUGGCCCCCCGAGUCCGAGCGCGCCCUCACCUACCGGCUCUGCUGCGAAGCGCCUCUGUCGCAGCACACCAUACUGAGACUUAUAUUCAUCGGCCUUUCCAAAGAAAUCCCCGUAUCCCCGGCGGAGGUGUUCGAGCUUCUGGAGCAAUUGGUGCGUCGAGCUUGCGCUUUGCCUCCGGAGGAUGGGCCUCUGCAAGUAGACAAGUUGGAGAUCGCCGACUACAUAUUCCAGCUAUGUCAAUUCCAUCCACCGGAUAACAUCACGCUGCCCGCCGGGUACACAGCCCCGUCGUUGGCGAUUACGGCGCUCUAUUGGCGAGGGUGGCUCGUUCUGACGAUGCUCGCGGCCCACAAUCCUCAUCAGUUCGCCGAAAGAGCCGCCACCACUUAUCCCACUCUGAGAGCGCUCAUCGAAUGCUGUAUAACCGGUAAACCGUCCAUAGAGUGGACCAACGGCCCGGGCGAAACUGAACGCACGGAGACCGAACGCGCGUCCAUCUUGCAACUGGAGAGCCACUUGGCGGCCGCCAGCAACGCCGCCAAUAAGUUGCCUCUGCCCAUCACCGAACAUUCCUCGAGACUGCUCAGCCAGCUCACCCUGAUGGAGCCCCUGGGGCCGGCGAGGCGUCCGCCCGCCGGUGUCCUCGAAGCGCUUCAGACGUUAAGCUCUCAACUGCGGCUCGGAAGACUUCUGUGUCGGCAACCGGCGCUGCUCCUCCAGUUGGUGGAACGUCACGGGACCCGUCGGGCGAUGCCCUGGCUGCAUCAGUUGCUUCGGCACGAACGAUUGGAGCUGAGUGUACUGCCAGUGCAAUGCCUCUGCGAAUUCCUUUCGGCGGGCAGCGCGGGCGGAUCGGGCGAGACGAGCAAGACGAGUGAGCUCUGCGCCCACGUCCGACGGACUCUGCAGACCGAGGAGGGCGCACGAGCAGUGCUGCACUAUUACAUGCACAGGCUUGCGCAUGCGCACGCGCCCACUAGGGCUUCCGCUACGAGGGGCUUAAAGCUGGUCCUGUCCUCGUCAGAUGAGACUACGGAGUUAGACUAUAAUGCCGACGUGAAUCCCGAAUCCUGGCUUCCACUGUUACCAUCUUUACGUCACUGGGAAGCCUUAAAGGCCGAGGGCUUACGACGCAUACGCGCCGCCUUACUGGUCGAGUGCAUCCCGGAGCAUUUGGCGGCCUAUCUCGCGUUCCUCGCCGACCACUGUUCAGAUAAUUCACCCGACGAGCUGACCGAUACCGUGCUGGAUUUAAGCCAAGUGCUAAUGGAGCGAACGACGGUCAUAGGUCACGUGCUACCCGCUGCCGAGAGGCGAAGCGACCAACGAGCGCACCAUCGCGCCCUGCACGCCGCCACCACCAUCCUGUACACGCAUCUCAGACAGGUACUCACGCUGGGUCAACAGCCGGAACCCCAAAAACCGACGGAGGACGGCGUCGAAGGCGCCGGGAGCGCCUGGGCCGGUGGAGAAAAGGUCACUUUGCAGUGGUCGAACGGCCGACGCGCCAUUUUACACGUGGUCACUGCGCAUGCGCAUCUAAAACUGCUCUGCUACGGACCGUCCGUGUUCGACGUGAACCAAGAGAUGUAUUCUUGGCUGCAAACGAUGUGGGUCGGCACCGACGCCCCGGACACCAUUGUUGCGGAAUCUGCUGAAGAGGGCGUACUGCUACCGGACUGGCUUCGCCUUCACAUGGUGCGAUCGGCGCGGCAGGGCCUGCUCGAGGCUGGCCUCCGAGGCCUUCCCGCUCACAAGUUGGCUCUGUUCAUACAAACUUUCGGCAUGCCCGUGCCGUCUAUGAGCGCCCUGUUGAGCUCCCUGGACGCCUGCCCGGCCGGCGCCGUGGUCCGCCUGGGCGUGGAGCGCGGCUACAUGUCGCAACUGCUGCGCGUGCAGCGACAGCGCGGCGCCACCGGGGGAGCCGCCUUCGCCGCCGCCUUGAGGCUGCAGAGGCCGCAGCCGCCCUCCGAUGACACUCUAUUCGUGGAAGACCCUCUCCCGGAAGAAGUGUCCGAGGCGUGGGAGUGUGCCCCCGCGGCGCCGCGAGUCUCCGGGGAAUCGGCCACGGGCCUGCUCGCCUCGAUCUUCACGGGGGCGAAGCUGUACUUCGGAGACCUGGACACUGGCUUCACUCAGCUGAAUAGUCAAAUCGUCCGAGAGAGCAAUCAGGGCGGUGGUCCGUGUACCCGAAGUACGCUCGAGUUUCUGCGCGCGGCGGCGAGCGGAGCGGGGAGUGGAGCGGAAGCGUUACGCGGGCUUUUGUCACGGUCGGCGUAUUCCGCUCCGCUCGUGAGGACUCUGGUUCACGUCGCACCGGCUGGACUGGGCGAGGUGUGUGCCGCGUUGUUGCCCCAUAUGUCGUACGUGCGAGGCCCCACGUACGAAGCGGUGCGUGCGGGUGCGGGAGUCGCGCGCACGCCCGACACGCCCCUUCCGCUCCUGCCGAACGCCGCUACGAAGGAACAGAUUAUCACUGCUUUCGAGUCGGCCACGGCGAGCACCCUGGAAUCCAUAGGGAACCACAUCAUCGAAACCCAGGACACGCAAGUCGUGGUGGACGCUAUUACCCAGCUGUUGCAGAACAACCAGGACGGAAAAUAUAAUUCGCCGGUGAAAGCGGAACCCGGACAGUCCGUCGCGCCUGCGUCGAUAUUUUCCGAUGGCACAUUGGGGUGCGGCCUACUGCUGGACUGGCUCGCCGAGCUCCACCGGGAGACCCUCUCUAAGCUCAUGCGCGUCAUGUUCGUGAGCGGAGGCGCAAGUUGGCGGCCAUUGCUCGUUACGCUGAUGGCUCAGAGGUCUUCGUGGCGCACUCUGCACGCCUGUCUCGCGGAACUGCUGAUGCCCGACGGGAAAUGGGCCCCUCGUGCCGUCUUAGAUUUCGCCGAGGCCUUGGUGAACAGCCCGAGAAUAUGGCAAGGUCGCGAUCGAGCCACGCCUAAACACUAUGUGCCUGAAGAUACACUUAGGCUCACGCAUAAACAGCUGGGCGUACUCAUCCGUUACGUGAGCGAAGAGGCGUGGGAGGAGCCGGAGAUGGAAGGGGGGCGGCGGCGGAUCGAGGCUCGUCUGUCUCUGCUGCUGCGAUGCUGCGGCGAGCCGCACUCUCUGCUCGCCGCCGCUUUGGCCGCCAGCGAAGGACAUCCCUUGCUGCUGCUGCUCAUGUAUAUGAAGGUACCGAAAAUUCUCCAGCUCCUCCGUGAAUGCGAAGAGAGACCGGGUUCGGCCAUAGAAGUGGGCGCCCCCGGUGCCCGGCUCUCGACGGGAGCCUCCACCAGCGCCACGGAUCGAGUCUCGCACACUUUGCUCACUGCCCUCGCGCCGAACACGUACCAAUCCGGGAAGGAACACUCGCAGAAGGCUUGGCGCAUAGAAGCCGCGGCCCGAGCGGUGUGGUCCCGCGUGGUGGGUGCCGGCGAACGGGCACUGCCCCUGGCGGGCGCCUUGUUGAGGGGCGUGAGGGCCAGGCACCAUCAUCAUCUGCUGGCGGCGCUGGAGAUGCUGCCCGACAGGGAGCUGUUUGCGGCGCCGGCGAGCGAAGAGAUCCACGGUAUCCUGGAGUGCUUCCUGAGCCUGGUCUGCGGCGGGGGUGGCGGCUCCGGGGCCCUGCCCCACCGAGUGGCCGCCCUCCUCCGCCGCUACCUCGCCGCGCGCCCACAGAGGGCGGCCUCUCUCAUGCACCAACAUCGGGAUGGUAUCGCGAAUCAGCCGGCGUUGAGUGGCGUAGUGAGCGGAGAAGCGAGUUCCAGCGUGACGCCGCCGCCGCACGCUCUCACGGCGUUGCAAAGGAGGCGCGCCUCGCCCGACGAACUACAGUGGUUGCUGCAGGAGAUAGAGGCGUGGGGCGUACGACGAGGUGGGGCGUGGGGCGGUCCUCGCAGUGCAGACGCCAUCUUGCGUUGCGCCGCACCGCUCGCCGCUUCGCCGCACGCUCCGCUCAGGAACGCUGCGCUGUCGCUGCUGGCGAAGCUCUUACCCGCGGCACCCGAUACGAGACCAGGUCUGCAAGCAAUCCUGGAAUGCCUGGAGUCACCUCAACCGGAAGUGGUGGCGAGCGUAUUAGAAAAGCUGCCAGACCUGGUUUGUGGAAUACAAGAGCACGGAGCUAAACUAUUAGACACAGUGUUUGAAUUAGGAAUGCGCUCGAGGGCACCUGUCGACUCCUGUCUGGCUAAAUGUGUGUCGGCCUUGAACUUACUGAGAGCUUGUUAGUUUAACGAUUGGAGUCAAGCAUAGUGACUACCUGACAUAAAGGAUUGUGAUAUCAGAAAUGUUUAUGACCAAGUUCAUAUAGAAUGCCCUAUUAUGCCCAGUUG